AUGGUCCUGGUCCAGCCCACUCUGGGAUUCGUCAAUCCCCCAAAUUAUGUCUUUCCUCAUCAUCGCCUGUCUCGUGUUCUCCGGGAUCCACAAAAGACACCAAUAGUGCUGGUAGCGUGCGGGUCUUUCAGCCCUGUGACUUAUUUGCAUCUACGCAUGUUCGAAAUGGCGAAAGACUACGUCCGACAGAACACCGAAUUUGAGAUCGUUGGAGGUUAUCUUAGUCCAGUCAGCGAUAUGUACAAGAAGCCAGGCUUACUCAGUGCGCAGCACAGAAUUGCAAUGUGUUCUCUCGCUGCCGAAGAUACUUCGUCAUGGCUCAUGAUAGAUUCAUGGGAGGCCGUACAAACGUAUCAACGGACCGCCGUUGUCCUUGAUCAUUUUGAUCACGAGAUAAAUACUGUCCUAGGCGGGGUACAAACAGAGGACGGCGAACAGCGAAAUGUUCGGGUGAUGCUCUUGGCUGGUUCAGAUCUUAUUGGAACGAUGUCCGAGCCCGGGGUCUGGAGUUAUCAAGAUCUUGAUCACAUCCUGGGACGAUAUGGGUGUCUUAUUGUCGAACGCGCUGGGUCAGAUAUGGAUCAAGCGACGGACAGCCUUGCACGCUGGCGUCACAAUAUCUAUUUGAUCUCCCAGCUUAUCCAGAACGACGUCUCGAGUACCAAGGUUCGAUUAUUCAUUCGCCGGGGUUUAUCUGUGCGAUAUCUCCUGCCAACACCCGUCGUGGACUAUAUCGAACAGCAUGGGCUGUACCAGGAUGACAGCGCGUCGGUGUCCUCUCCGACGAUAGGUGAAAAAGGCAAGGAGCGUGACCAGGCGGGAGGAUCGAAGGAGAUCUGUUCAUAG